AUGACCGACAACCCAGAUGUCCCAACCACCCAAAAGGCCUUCGUGCCCCUCGAAAACAACCCAGAAGUGAUGUCCCAUCUAGUCCACCAACUCGGCCUCCCCCAAACAAUCGGAUUCACAGACGUCUUCUCCAUCGACGAACCAGACCUCCUAGCCUUCGUGCCCCGCCCCUCCCACGCCCUCCUCCUCGUCUUCCCCGUCUCAGCCACCUACGAGCGAUCCCGCACAGCAGAAGACAGCUCCCUCCCCGAAUACACGGGUUCCGGCCCCGCAGAACCAGUAACAUGGUUCAAGCAAACUAUCCGCAACGCCUGUGGCCUGAUAGGCCUCUUACACGCCGUUUCCAACGGCGAGAGCAAAAAGCACAUCACCCCCGGUUCGGACCUAGAUCAGCUCCUCCGUGACGCGCAGAAUCUGGCACCGGCCAAGCGUGCGGAUCUUCUUUACGACAGCAAGGCGCUGGAAAGUGCCCAUGCGGAUGCGGCUAAGCUGGGGGAUACUGCGGCGCCGGAGGCGGAGGAUAGUGUUGAUUUGCAUUUUGUUGCGUUUUUGGAUGGGAGGCGGAGGGGCCCACUUGCGAGGGGGAAGCUGACGGAGGAUGAGGAUGCGUUGAGUGAGGCUGCGCUGGCUUUGGGAGUGCGUCGAUUUUUGAAGACUGAGGCUGAUGGGGGCAAUCCUGAUUUGCGGUUUAGUCUUGUUAGUCUGGGCCCGUUGUUUGAUUAG